AUGGAGGUUGCCUCCACAGAAGCCAGCAGCAGCUCCCAGGGAGGCACCGGCUGGCGGGAUCUUACCCUUGUCACCUGCACUGAAACGGUGACUUUCACUGAAGUGGUGGCAGAAGAGGAGUGGGGAUCCUUUUACUAUUCUUUUAAGACAGAGCAGCUGGUGACUCUUUGGAUUCUCUUUAUUGUCACAAUUUCUGGAAAUGCCAUCGUGCUCUUCUCUACCUGGAGGAGGAAGCGGAAAUCUCGAAUGACCUUCUUCGUUACACAGUUGGCAAUCACAGAUUCAUUCACGGGACUCAUAAACAUAAUGACUGACAUAAUUUGGCGCUACACUGGAGAUUUCAUGGCUCCUGAUAUUGUUUGCAGAGUCGUUCGCUACUUCCAGGUGGUCCUUCUGUAUGCCUCGACUUACGUCCUUGUGUCACUAAGCAUAGACCGGUAUCAUGCCAUAGUUUACCCAAUGAAGUUCUUGCAAGGAGAAAGACAGGCGAAGGUUCUCAUUGGAGUGGCCUGGAGCCUCUCUUUCCUGUUUUCCAUACCGACUCUGAUUAUUUUUGGGAAACGGCAGCUCUCCAACGGGGAAGUGCAGUGCUGGGCUCUCUGGCCUGAUGACUCCUACUGGAUACCCUACAUGACAGUGGUGGCUUUCCUGGUGUACUUCAUUCCUCUGAUCAUUAUCAGUGUCAUAUACUCAAUCGUGAUUCGAACCAUUUGGAUGAAGAGCAAAGCUCAGGCUGUCAUCAUAUCCAGCUGCCCUGGUGGCAAAACCUCUGCUGGCUACAGCAGUCGCGGGUUCAUAUCCAGGGCGAAAGUGAAAGCAAUCAAGUACAGCAUCGUAAUUAUCCUUGCAUUUGUUCUCUGUUGGAGCCCUUACUUUCUUUUUGAUAUCCUGGACAACUUCAACCUACUCCCUGAGACCAAAGAGCGUUUCUACGCAUCUGUGAUCAUUCAGAACCUGCCAGCCUUGAACAGUGCCAUCAACCCCCUCAUCUACUGCCUCUUCAGCAACCGCCUCUGCCCCCCUUUCGAGGAAAGAAGAACUCAAAGGCUGGGGGGGACUUUCCGGGACAGGAGCGAUGGAGGGCAGGAGAUGCAGGUCCUGUCCAAACCAGAAUACAUCUAGCACAGACGACGCUCCACAAAGCUACGCCAGGACCUGUACUGAGGCGCACUGUGAGCGGUCAGACACUGGCUGGGAAGAGCCUGCUCCUCACUGCUGUUGAGCAGCACAUGUAUUUUGGAUUUCUACUGCAGCUUCCACAAUCGCACACUGCCGGUGCCGAACU